UGCCUGUAUCAGAUCACAUUACAUGGAUUUCAUUGCUUACAGCUGUGUACAUUGUCGAAGUUUCGUUUUCAGGCGAAAAAAUAAAAGUCGUUACUUUGUAAAUUAAAACUUUUGAUAAGUAUUAAAAAGUCGGACGGAGUAUACAACAGCCGGACAUUCGCGUUUCUGAUAAAUGGACAACAUUUAACAUUGUUUAAAAGCAAACUAAUAUGUGAUUAUAGAGUCUGUUUUUUUAUUGAAUCGUUUUAAAGAAGAGUUUUACACGAUGGCGGAUGGAGCUUUGGUCUUUGGAGCGAAUCUAAACGCAAGUUGUUUGACCUCUCGAGCAAAGAAAGUCAACAACAACAACAGCAUUUCAGUAGCAGCGAACAUGAGGAGAAAGACGCGACAGAGCAACAGAAGAGACAUUCAUAACCGGGUUGUCUUGGAGAAGGUCCUGGGCAUCACUGCCUCCAGCAGCAGUGCUUUAACCUGUGACCCCAACACUGGUUUAGUGGCUUAUCCUGCAGGUUGUGUAAUUGUCAUCCUGAGCCCGAAGAAAAACAAGCAGACUCACAUAUUUAAUAUGUCGAGGAAAACCUUCAGUGCCUUGGCUUUCUCGCAGAAUGGAAAAUAUUUAGUCACUGGUGAGAGCGGGCACAUGCCCUGUGUGCGGGUGUGGGACGUGGCAGAGCGGACACAGGUGGCAGAGGUCCAGUGCCAUAAGUACGGGGUGGCGUGUGUUGCUUUCUCCCCCAACGGAAGCUAUAUUGUGUCUGUGGGAUACCAGCAUGACAGGACAGUCAGCGUCUGGGAGUGGAAGAAGGGGACUGUUAUUGCAUCCAACAAGGUGUCCAGCCGUGUGCUUGCUGUAUCUUUUUCGGAAGACAACAGCUACUUUGUAACUGCAGGGAACAGGCAUGUGAAGUUCUGGUAUCUUGAUGCCUCAAAAGAAAGAAGGGUGAACAGCACGGUGCCUCUGAUCGGUCGCUCAGGGUUGCUCGGGGAGCAUCAGAACAGUCAGUUCUGUGGUUUGGCUUGUGGCCGUGGCUCUAUGGCAAGCAGCACCUACUGCAUUACACACACGGGUUUGCUGUGCCAGUUUAAUAGCAACAGACAGCUUGAUUCCUGGGUUGAUCUCAAGACGACGUCAGCACAGUGCUUAUCGGUGAGCGAGACGUUUGUUUUCUGCGGUUGUGCAGAUGGCACGGUGCGCGUGUUCAGUCCACAGGACCUGCGUUACAUCACCACUUUGCACCGGCCGCACUGCUUGGGAGUAGAUGUGUCUCAGGGCACACAGCCUGGGCAUUUGUUUGGAGCAAACCCAGAGGCACAGUAUCCAGAUACUCUGGCUUUAACUUUUGACCCUGUGACCAGGCAUUUGACGUGCGUGUAUAAUGAUCACAGUGUGUACGUAUGGGACGUGCGGGACAUCCGGAACGUAGGGAAGGUCUAUUCAGCUCUGUACCACAGCGGAUGUGUGUGGAGUGUGGAGACCUACCCUGAGCUUGAAGAUUCAUUGGCGGCAUGUUUGUCACCUGGCUCUUUCCUCACCUGUUCAUCCGAUAACACAAUCCGCCUGUGGAAGAGUGAGAGUCCGCAGAGUCACGGAUCAGGACACGGCCUUCGCCACAACCUUUACAGCCAGGACAUCGUAAGGAUAGUGUAUGUGGACGAUGACACGCAGUACCUCAAAGCCGAGGCCGAGAAAGCUGAGGGAGCAAGCCAGGAUGGGAAAUCUGGGAUUAGGGUGCUGGGAAUCAGCCCAGAUGGCCAACAUUUGGCUGCUGGAGACCGCAGUGGAAACCUGAGAAUCUUCGGCUUACAGUUUAUGGAUGAGCUGCAGAGAAUUGAGGCUCAUGAUUCGGAGGUCUUGUGUCUAGCCUUCUCCCCUACUGAGACCGGUUUGCAUCUGUUGGCUUCUGCGAGUCGUGAUCGGCUCAUUCACAUCUUUGACAUGGAGAACAAAUGCAACCUAGUGCAGACGGUUUAUGAUCAUUCGGCCUCCAUCACUGCCAUCAAAUUUACAGGACUGAAUUCAGAGUUGUGUAUGGUCAGCUGUGGCGCUGACAAGAGCAUCUAUUUUCGAUCUGCUGAAAAGACCUCGGAAGGCUUGAACUUCUCACGAUCACAUCAUAUAGUGGAGAAGAGCACACUGUAUGACAUGGACCUGGACGCCACACGCACACACACAGCCAUUGCGUGCCAAGAUCGUAACAUUAGAGUAUAUAAUGUGCAGAGUGGCAAGAUGAAAAAGUGUUUCAAAGGCUCCCUAAAUGAUGAUGGGACACUGCUUAAGGUUCAGUUGGAUCCCUCUGGGAUGUUUUUGGCCACAAGUUGUUCAGACAAAAAUAUCUGUAUCUUUGACUAUGAGUCAGGCGAAUGUGUAGCCACCUUAUUUGGACAUUCGGAAAUUGUUACAGGUAUGAAGUUCAGUCAGGACUGCAAGCAUCUGAUCACUGUCUCUGGUGACAGCUGUGUGUUUGUGUGGCGGUUGGACUCUCAGAUGACCAACUCCAUGAGGAAGAGGCUAGCAGAGAGGAAGCAGCAAGCAGGCCUAAGAGUUCAGCGGGCCCCCUGCAAACAGCAAGCCAUCAGGAGAGAGACCUACAUCACUGUACCCUGUAGUGCAUUGCCUCACAUGGAGGAGGAAGAGGAGGGCAGCUUGAUGCCAGAGGAUGCUUCAGAAGAUGGUAUGGAGGACUGCAGAACUCCAAACAGGCUUGAUUCCACUGAUGCAUCUGUGGAUUCUUUGGUUCUCCAAACCAAUGGCAAAAUGCCCAUGUGGGUUCGUAGACUGGGUGGAGGAGGUGAAAAUGAUGGUACUGGUGUAGAUAGUAGAUCUCAGUACCAGCCACAGGGUCGAUGGGCAGUACAGUCUGAUCCACUAGCCAUCCGCACAGUACUGGAGAUGAAGAGCAUGCAGCUUCCCCUCUCACACACUCCCAGCAGAGCUGUGGGAGAGGAAGAGUUUGAGGGAGACUCUCGCUUUCACCCGCAGAGUUUAGACAGUCUGCUGGACGAAGAUGUUGAUGAUGAUGAUGAUCUAGAGGAGGAGGAAAAGAUUUGCAGUGAUUCCCAAGAUGGGUUUAGCUCUUCGCUCCAAGGGUCAGAUUUUCUGCAGCUGCCACAUGGAGAGGAGAACUUCCAUCCAGAGCUCAGCUCACCAGAGAAGACCGGCUACAUUUUGUACCCGGCCAAUAGCACUGCUCUGUCCACUGGAGAAGGAGAGUUUGAUGUUAAAGCUCUGUGUGAGGGUGCAGGUGAUGACCCAGAGGAAGAGGAGCUAAGCCCAGAUAGUGCUUGUUCGGCUGAGAGCCCAGCCUCCCAUAGCGACCAGCCCCAUGACCAGGAUACGGAUUCCCUCAGUCAAGUGAGCUCCACGGGAAGCUCGGGAGUUGAAGAAGAGGAGGAUGAAGAAGAACCUGGAGCUUUACUUCGCCAACAUUUUGACACCUUGGGUGUGGCCGCUAAUGAAAAGUUCAACACAGACUUGAGCAGUCUGCAGCCCACAACAGAGAGUAACUUCCUCAAUCCUCGUCUUAGUAUCUCCACACGCUUCCUUUCCCGCUUUCAGAGCCGCUUUCGCACUAUUGGGACUAGUAGCAGUGCUGUUUGCCGGCCCGCAGUCUGCCUGCCCAGUAUACCGGAUGAAUCCAAUGAUAGCUGUCUAACCCUUGACAAAACAGUGGACAAGUCCAAGGUUCUUUCAAACAACAGUGGAAGCAUUGAGGAGAAUGACAAAAGUGUUGCCAAGAAACGUUCCUCAGUGGCUGCUCGGAAAUCUUGCAAAAACUUAUCGUUUUUGCGCUGGAAAAAUGCCCUGGGAGAAAUCACAAACAAGAGCAUUCAGUCCAAAGCUCAUAAUACUGUCAACACUACAGGCAUUCUCAGCACCAAAUCCACCAGCAGUGUGUGUGACACAUCUGUUACGCGUUCCCGCCAAAGUUACAUGGGUCCCACCGCAAGCUCCCGUGCAAAGAUAACCCAGAGCAACUCUGUGGAGAGUUUGAAUGCAUGCACAUCGGAGGAAAUGCAGUCAAACGCCUCGGACCUAACUGUGGACCAAAGCAAAGAGAACAUCGUUCCCCCUUCAUCUUCAGUUCUGUCCUCUGGACCCUCUCAUCCCACACCAGCUCUCUCUACUCCUGCCUUGGGUAACCACAGUGUCCGGGCAGCUCUUCGAUUAGACCUCGCUGGCCCCAAUCGUGCCAGUCUGUCACCGGUGUCACUCAAGAGCCGUCUAGGGAAAGUUGAACGUCCCGAGUCUCCACGUCGACAGGCUCUGGUGACGCCCACAGAGAUGCGGUCACUGGGGAAGGAGUGUCGGAAGCAGAUCAUUAAUAUCGAGCAGAGUUUGGUUUCGAAGACUUCAAGCAGGUUCUCAACAGGGUCUGAAAUAUUUGCCAGGAGCUCCACGGUGUCAGAAACCAGUCAUUCUGAGGUUGAAGACCUGCAGUUUACAGAGUCAUGUGGGAAUACACAGGUCGCCUGUGAGACCUCAAUGACUACUUCAGUAACCCUAGAAAGAGAGGAGUCUACAGGAAACGACUGCGUUGGAGAGGAAGCAGGAUUUUCUGCAGAGUCGUUGAGUGUCCAGAUGUGUAAGGAGAUGGUGAAUGAACUCUGGCAGAACAUCCAUAAAGCAACUGGCUUUUAUAACAAGUUGUGCUCCAUCCCGGAGUUGUCAGAGCAGCAGGAGCAGAUGAAGAGUAUUUUGCAGGAGGUAUUUGUGGGUGUACAGAGUGAGUUGAACUCCCUGUGCCCACAAAAGACGCGGCCCUCGACCCAAAGCACCCGUCCUGUACCAGAGGACUCUCCUGGCCGUCAACUCCGAGACGACAGGACUGUGGCCCUCCUGGAGAAGUAUUCAGAGAUGCUCUUACUGCGAAUGACUGAAAAAGGAGCACAGUCCACACUGGAGUAAAUGCUCAGUUCCCAUCUUUUUAAUGGCAAAAAUGAACUUCUAAUUGCACCCAUAAGCACCUUUAAACCUUAAUGCCUUCCAUUGGUUUUACAUUUUUUUUUUAAAUAAACGUGUAAAUGCAUAUUUGGAAUUUUUUUUUUUUUUUUUUUUUUUUUUUGUAAAACUGGUCUGGUAGGUCUUAGGUCUCUUUUCACUACAUUUCAAUACCUGAGUGUAUUUGGUCACAUACACUUCGCAAUUAUUUUGAUGUAUUGAAGAUUUGUCAAGGCAGAUCUUCUGGACCUUCCCCCCUAAAUCAUUACUUCCAUGAUAUUUUAUGUACAGUUUUAAAACAGUGUUACUUUGAGUACAAACAGUUGAAUUAUGUACUCAGUUUUGUGGUGAAGUUCUUGAUGUUUGAUGCUUUCAUAGUUGUACACCAUUGCAUGCCACCACAACCACGCAGACUACGAAAGAGGUGUUCCGUUGUCAUGUUAUUUUGAGUGUUGCUCUGAAUAGUGAUGUGUUAAUAUUUCCCAAAGCAUCAGGCUGUGACUCACAGUUUGCUUGCCACUGGUGUGCUGAUUAUGCUUUGUCAUGUUGAUGUGCAAUCCUUUUUUCUUCUUCUUCUUUUCACAGAAAAUGUAUAGUUAACUUUUUCAAAGGCUUUGUAAAUAUUAACCAGCUGUUUACACUGUAUUUUAAUAUUAAACAUUCAAAGAUGA